AAGCAUGCGUUGUUUUCUGUGCAGUUUUCCUGUUGAAGUGAACGGCGAUGGUGCAGUUGUGUUAUGUUCGUAUUUCGGCGUGAUUGCAGUUCGCGAAUGAUAUUUUUUUACAAUGCGAUAAAGUGAAAAAUGCCUAAAAUUGAUAACGAAUUAUAAUAUUCAUCGGUAAAUUAAUUUAAUCGAAUAUUACAGUGCGAGUGAAAUUUGUUAAAUCAUCGGGCUAUGUGUUUUGAAGAUUUUCCCUCGUUUGUGCGCUAUUUUCUACCCGGAAGAUCGUUCACGUAGAAGGUGUUCCAUCAAAGAUGUCCGCCGAAUUAGUGGUCUUCGAAGGGAUGAAUAGAAGUGCAACCCAGGCCCCGACGAAUGGAAACACCGGUGGUGGAGGAGCUGAAAGUAUCGGUGGAGUUAUCGAAACCAAGUCCCCAUUUGGUGAUUUCUCCAGGCCGUGCAAGUUUCCCAGUCAUGUUGGUUCCGAUCAAAAUCCUUUAUCGGCUAUAAUCUGCGUCACCUUUAUUAUAUUCGGAGUGGUGUAUUUUCUAUUUGGUUACCGAUGCUUUAAAGCUAUCAUGUUCCUAACUGGAUGCAUUUUCAGUACUACUGUCGUUUACUACGUUUGUACUCAGGAUGCAGUCUUACCACAGUAUGCCAUCGUUGGUGUUUCAUUAUGUGCGGGUAUCCUAUUCGGAUUGAUAACGAUGCUGGUACAAUAUGUGGGCCUGUUUAUGACCGGAUUCCAUACAGGAUUAUUGUUAUGUCUAGUCUCGAUAGCGAUGGCCGAUGUGGCCGGAUACAGGAUAGCUACGUUGUGGACCAGUAGCAGCCUACUGAUGGGAUUCGGAGUUUUCUUCGCUUUAAUUACGUUAAAUUGGAAAAAAGGAAUGACCAUCGUCGGUUCGAGUCUAUUCGGAAGCGCCAUCAUAAUCGCAUCUUUGGAUUAUUUCGUCGAGAAAUUAGUCAUGGUGUUAUGGAUAUGGGAAAAAGCAUUGAAGCGACGGACUAUCGAACCAUGCUGGCUGAGCUGGGUCGUGCUGGCGUUAUGGCCAUUGGUCGCCAUGAUUGGUUUGGUAAUUCAAUGCGCGGUUACCGGAAAAGGUGUAUAUCACGAGAAAAAUUUAUCGUCGAAAAAAGCUCGAGCCAAUCAGGCGGCGGCGCAGGCUAGACCAAGGACCCGAGAUCAAAGGGCGGAAAUGAAACAGAAAAAGUAUCGGUAUCUGUAUCAAGUUCGAACUGCUCAUGGCGAUGUUAUCAGUCAAAGUUACGUCCAAGCACUUCAACGCAAAGUGAUCCCAGGAAUAAUGACGAAUAUCGGCGAAAGUUCGACACUUCAAUCAGACGCUACGCAUUUAACAACGUUGCCCGUAGAUCAACAAACGCAGCUGCCCUCCAGCGAAUGUAACACAGUCGAUAGCGGCGUAGGCGUCCAAUACGACGCAGCCUACUACAAUCUCAGCAGUCGCGAAUCUAUACCAUCGCAAAUACACGAGCAUUGUCGAUAAAUGCAUAUUCGAUCUGGAAAAGAAACCAGAACAUGUUAAUUUGUAUCAGAUUUUUUUUCGUUCAUUUUGACGACGCGAUGAGCCAAACUAAGAUUGUUAUGUACCUGGGGUAUUGAUUCGAAUUUCGUUUUAUUGCCAGCUCCCUCAUCCCUCCUGCUCCCUUAACUGGAUACUUUUCUCAACCCUCGAUACUUUUUUGUUGAGAGGUUUCGUUGCUCAUUUUGUUUCUGUAUAUAAUUAUUUAUUCAUUUUUUUUUUUACCUGAUAACUUUAACGAGGAGGUUGUAUUGGACUUUUUUUCUGCUACUUGUGUUAAGGAAGUAUAACUAGUGUUGUGAAUUAUUGUUGUGUGUGACAAUUAGCCCUUCUUUUUCGGUUGCCUUUUUAAAUCGCCAAAUGGCAAAAAUAGGUUUUCAUUCCCCACUCCCAUUUAUGUAUUUACCUGUCUGAGUAUCAUUAUUUGAAAAAAAAAUGAUGAAAAAAAUUUGCGUUUUUUGCUAGAAAAUUGGAAAAUAUUUACGAAUAUGUUUUAAUUGAUUUUUUACCCUCCUAAUUUUUUUUUUGUAAUUUAAAAAUUUUGCCCAUUUUUACGACGCUAUUUUGGCUAAAAAUAUUUCGAUUUUUUGUACUUUUUUAACGUAUUUUCAAUGUUGUUAGAAUGUUUUCUUAAUUCUUACUCGAUAAGUUGGUUGUAUAUUUUUUCUGUGAAAAUUUCCCUCCCGAUCUCUCCCUCACCUCUGAUCAUUCCGAUUGUAUUUCGUGAUGAGAAAAAAAGCUUCGUCGAGCUCUCAUCUGAUCUGAUCUAUCACUUGAACCUCUGCCCCCAAAAAUUGACGAAUUACGUUGUAAAUUUUAUGGUUGUGAAUUGCCAUUCUUUUUAUGGGUUGUAAAAUUCCACGUUAAUUAAAAAUAAAUAGGAGAGUGUCAUUUUACCAGACGAUAAGCGAUCUACCCCCUUUUCUGAAAGGAACCCUACUUUUUUCAUCAAAUUUGUUUUUUUUUGCGAUGUUGAUAUUUUUAUGUGUGUGAGUGAAUUUAUAAAUAUGUUGAUUAAAUUAAUGGUUAGAGGAAGAAGACGAUGAUAAGAGUACCACUUAUUUUACGGUUGUUGCGUUUGAGUAGUUGAGUUGGUUUUUUAAAAAUUGAAAAAAAAAAUGUAAAUCUAGUCUUUUUUAUUAUUAAGAUAUGUCGCGUGUGUUUUUUUUUUCGUCAUUCGUGUGUGCCCCAAACCCCCUCCUUUUUGAUUUACGAAUUCCCUUCGUUAUACGAUAUUUUAUUCAAUGGGUUGUAUUUUUUUUUUUUUUUAAUCUAAAUCGACGGUUAAUUUGAAUGAUAUUGUACUAGCUAUGUUGAUGAUGUGGGUUGUAAUUUAUCGUGUUGCGUAUUAACGGAUUCGACGACGCAGGAAGGAAGUGAGAAAAAAAACAAUCACGCUCGCUGAAUGAUAUCAAAGGGAAAAUUUUCAUCCGAUCGAUUUAUCUCGUAAAUAUUUUAUGUUUAUCUGCAGCAUAUGCAGAUUACGUAUGCUCUAAUUGACAUCGUUGUGUUGCCAAUGUGAAGCUGCGGCUGUGUCAACGACGACUGGGAACUUUUUUUUUUAGAAAUUUAAAUGCUAGAUUAGAUACAUAUUGUAUUUGAUGAUUGUCUUCGAAUAUAAAUUGUAUUUUUUAAGCAUAUAUGAAAUUCAUAGGGCCAUAAUAGCGACGCGGUGUAUUGUACUAUGAUUUGUGUUCGCUGUGAUAUGUACUUCGAUGUGAAGACAGCUAAAAUAUUACUUGUGGUAUGUUGACUAAGCCUAACAAUAAGGUGACGCUGAAGCAGAGGUGUAAAGAAAAGGCAUCGGUGCUGAGAGAAUUAAUUCAGAUGUAAUUAGGAUCACCUUGGUACUCGUAUUCUAUGUAAAUUUGGAGAAAAAAUCGGAUUUUUUCGAUUUUUAAUUUCAUUUGUUCUCUCAUUUGCCAUUUUUUACACCUCUGCGAAUGAAUGUUAAAUGAGAAAAACACACAAAAGAGCAAAUCAAUAUCACGGAUGAGAUAAAUGUAUCGAAAUGAGCGUUUUUAUAUUCCUAUCAUUUCGUUCGAAAAAAAAAGGAAUUGAAUUUUAAUCAUAAUCACGGGGUUGUAAAUGCGUAAAUGUUUUAUUAUUGCAUAACGAUGUUAUUUCACAGAACUGAAAUUUAAUGAAUAAGAAAUUAAGAUUUAUAUUUUAGUAAUUUUUUUUUCUUUUAUAGUUACGAUUAAUUUUUUGAUCUCCCAGUUUACGCGAAAAAAGUACCAAAUUGGAAUUUCCAACGUUAUGUGGUUCUUUAUAAAUGUAUUUACGAUUACUGAUUUUUUUAUUAUUAUUUUUUUUUUGUUUUUCUUUUUUUUUAACAUCUUAUAUUUUGAGGAUAAUUUACGUUUUUACGCGAUAAAUAACCCAUCACCGUUAAGAUCUAAAUGUUAAGUUGUUGUAGCUUUUAAAGUUUUGAUUUUUUUUUCUCGGCGUGUGCUUCAACGUUAUACAUUUGUAUACUACAAAAUAAAAAAUGUUUUGUGUA